AUGACAGAUAUUUUUGAUGUCGAAUAUCCAUUAAUAGACCCCACAACUAAUCUUUCUCCUGAUGAUAAUAAUAAUAAUGAUGACGGUAACAUUAAUAGACCUUUUGCUAAAACAAAAAAACGAAUUCUUAUUGGUUGUCUCAUUGGAUUUUCAGUAAUAAUUUUAUUAAUAAUUUCAAUCGGAAUAGUUCUAUCGAGAAAAUUAUCUACAAUAUCUAACACGACCACAACCAUAACUGUACUGGACCAAUCAUCAAUAACAACAACAGAAACAAUUACUUCUUCACCAAAAUCCUGUCCUAUUCCAUCUGAAAAUGCAACAUGGAAUAAAUCAGAUGUAGUGUUUAUUAAUCAAAUUGGUCGAUGUUUUCCAGGUGAAGAUGAAUUAUGUAAUCCAACGGAUUUAUUUAUUGAUGAUAUUCACAAUACUCUGUAUAUUGCCGAUACGGGUAAUAAUAGAAUACAAAAAUAUUUAUUAACUGAAAUCAAUCAUUCGAAAGUAAGUUCUACUGGUAUUACUGCGGCUAGUAAAGAUCUUAUUUUACCACAAUCUAUUUUUGUUAAUAUUCAUACAGAAGAUAUGUAUAUUUUGGAUUUUGAUCAAAUAGAAAAUUUUCAGUUAGGAAAUUCAGCCUCCUAUCGAGUUCAUUUAUGGAAGAAAAAUGUAAAAAUUGGAAGAAUUUUAUUUAGCCAAGCAGCUGAUCAUUCACUCGGAGUAUAUUAUCAUCAUAUUACAUUGGAUAAAGAAAUGAAUAUAUACGUUGGAACAAGAUAUUUUAUUGAAAAAUGGUUGUCAUUGGCAAAUUACACAGAAAAAAUUAUUGUUGCUGGAAACAGUCAAUUUAAUUCACAACAAUCAACUGGUUUAUUUUGGCUAUCAACAUUUUUUGUUACUAAUGAUUUGACAAUAUAUAUAGCUGAUUGGAAAAAUAGACGUAUUCAACAGUGGAAAGUUAAUGCAACAGAAGGUACAACAGUCAUAGGAAAUUUAACGGAUGUCACAGGAAUUACAAUGGAUUGUAAUGGAUAUCUUUAUUUUGCUAAGACAUACCCAAACUUAAUUUUUCAAUUAAAUUUGGUGACGAAUGAGACUCGAAUUAUUGUUCAUUUUGAAGAUGAUUUAAAAAGACAUGAAUUUCAUUCACUAAAUGUAAUUCAAAUUGAUAAAUUUGGUAAUCUAUUCUUUAUAGAUGGUGGGAGAGUACAGAAAUUUUGUAUUGUACAGAAAUAA